AUGUUACAAGCCGGAUAUCACAGGAGCACGGAUGCGGGGGCUCACAAAAAGGACGUUCGACUCGUAAAAUACGAACUGCAGGCUAAAUUUCGAGAGCCGCCAAUGCGGGAGGCCACCAAUGCGGGAGGCCACCAAUGCGGGAGGCCACCAAUGCGGGAGGCCACCAAUGCGGGAGGCCACCAAUGCGGGAGGCCACCAAUGCGGGAGGCCACCAAUGCGGGAGGCCACCAAUGCGGGAGGCCACCAAUACGAGAGGCCGCCAAUGCCGAAAACGUCAAAGCCAGUAGAGUGGAUAUCUUCCUUACUGACUUACGCUAUCGAAAGUGGUCUAGCGAGGUGAAUGCAAUACUAGGUCUUAUAUCCAUCUACCAAGUUAUCUGUCCUAUCGUCCCGCUGCAUGAGAUACCAAGCAAAUUGGCCCAGAGAUACACUGUUAGAGCUCUUGUCAUCCGAAACCAAAGCACUCAAAGAAAAGAUUUCUACACCGCUGUUAUCUCGGCAUAUGGUGGUACACCAAAUAAGAACAUGAGUUUAGGUCAUAAAUAA